CGUGUCUAACAAUGAGCCACUCUCAUUGGUGGGCAGCUAUCCUGGUUACCAACCAACAAUACACGAGACACAUGAGAAAAUAGGGAAAAUAAAUGUGUAUUUCCAGUCGUAAUGACCCCCCUAAAAACAAUAGCGUCUUUACAUAAACGAUGAACGAGUUGUAAAGAUGCCUUAAAAACGUUCGCUUUCCUGCAGAUUAUGGGAUAGUUUCUUUAGGUCGGUAUCAUCCGCAGCACACAAUGGAGAAGCUGUAGAUUUUGACUUGUAGAUCCUAAAAGACUAAGAAGUGCCAAACGGAGAAACCUGCCUUUGCUGGAGAUGACACUCUGGAUGAAUAUUUAAUCUCCCUCCAACACAAAAACAGAAUCUUAAAGCGCCUCAGAGUAAAAGGCCCCAAAGAGAUCGAGUUGGAACGUCUUGAGCAAGGAUUUUCAAUAUAUCUUAACGGAGCCAAUGCUGAAUGUAACAAAAGGCAGCCCAAAAGCCCCCCAAAAAAGCCUGACUCCUCUCUGCAUGCACAUGCGGCUGAUGUGUGUAGAAGCGCCCACCAGCUAGCCGGAGCUAGCCGCUUUCCAGAUCAGACAAACGGUAAGAGGAGCCAAACCGCCCCAGAAAAGGUUCAGAGGAAAGAAUGGGUGCAGAAUUCAGUUGAAAUACAAACAGAGGAUGGCCCAACUUUGAAAUUAACCCCAGAGACGCGCUACUCUGAUGAUUUUGAUCCCUAUGAAAGUGUAGACAUGGAGAGCUCUAGUCCUCUCUCAAGUCCUCGCUCCCCUCAUAGUCCCUGCUGCCAGAGGGACCCCUGCAAGGUUUCACGCUCCAAGCCCGAGAGCCAGGGAGGCCAAGCAAGCCAGGAGCAUGCUGAGAAGGUGCUCCUGAACCUUGAGGAAGUGAAGGUUUUGCGUCGGAACCUGGAGGUUAGCAUGCGACGGAGCAGCAGCGUUUCAGCGGGGGAGGAGUCAGAUGAGGAGUGGGUAGAGGAGCAGAUUGAGAGAGAGGACAGCACAGAGAGUCUGGAUGAGCUUGGGCUCCCCCUUUCCUCCUCCAAGUCCUCCUCUAACUCGGAACCAAGCCGGACUCAGAAUCACUUUGACUCAACGAAUCUCAUCGUUUUGGAUUUUGGACCUUCCCCAAAAGGUCAUAAAAUUGAACAUUCUCUUUCUGCAAAAAGGAAAGAAAGCGUUGACACCUUUAUACCAGUCAAACCUGUGUUGGUGAAGAGCAAAACUUUAGAUAGGCCACCUUCACAAGAUGGCUGGGACGGUCAGAGGCCAAGAAGUCAAUUGGAGAGAUCCCUGUCAGCCACUAGAAAGGCUUCAGUUGAAGAGCGAGACUCAGAGGAAACGCGGUACAUGGUGUGCCAGGCAAUACAGAAAGAAAACGCUUCAAUCCAGAACGCUGAGCUCUUCAGUCACGGCAUGACUCGGGGACACCAGAUGAUGGAUGGCUUGAAGCCCGACAUCAAACACGACAAAGAUGAAAACAAUGUCACAGUGGCAAUGCAACGCAUAACGCUCAUGGCUCCCAGGCAACAACAGACGCUGUUAAAAGCCCUGGAGAAGCUCGAAGCCGGACCUAGCCACAAUAUUUCUCACAAUGUUAGAACAGAUCACAGCAAGCAGACUAGAGGGCAGUCGCCAGCAGAGGUCACCCCUGCGUUGUACGUUACCAUGGAGAUCCUGUCAAACUGGGGAAACUUGCUCCAGGUGGGGCUGACCGAGGUGCAGUUUUUCUGCCGCAGAAACAAGAAGAUCUACGUUUCCCCUCAUGACCUAGAUGUCAGGAAUGCCGACUUCCCAGGGAACCUGGGUGCCCUCGUCAACGGAAAAAUGAAGACCACUAAAGAGCGCUACAUGUGGACGUGCCCUUUCCACCCUCCAAUCCAGCUUUAUUUCAUCAUCAGAAACAUGGAGCGCUCUCUGGAUUUUGGAAUAUCUUGUAUCAAAAUCUGGAAUUACAACAGAAGCCUCAAAGACCUCGACAUAGGAGCACGCCAUGUAAAGCUUUACCUGAACAGCACCCUGGUGUUUGAAGGUGAGCUGGAGAAGGGCUGCGGCAGUCAAGUCUUUGACUACAGCACCACAAUCAACCUUCAAGAUUCCCAGAUCCCAGAGUCGUCCUUCUCCACCCCUGUGUGUUCUGGGCACAAUUUGAGAGGAGCAACUCCCCAUCACUAUGACGACAAGAAGGGGGCAGAGAGCGGCAGAAUGCAGCGAUACAGAAGUUCAGUAGCAUCGUCAGAUGCACCAAGCCAAAUUUUGGUAGACAUGCAAGAAAAAGCCCACACCCCUCUGCUGCCCCUCAUCCCAUCAGCCACUUCUUCUUGGCGUUCCUCCACACAGAAGAACUCUUUUGACCUUGCUUCAUUGGAAGAGUCUCAUUGUCUUAGGCAGCAGGUAGAGCAGCUGCUUCCUCUUGACCAGACGGUCACCACUCAGCCAUCCUCCUCAAGGGUUGCCUCCCAGUGGCUGCAGCCUCUAAGCAGAGGUGCCCCAGAGGGCUCUGAAACCAGCAGGGAGAAGCCUCUGUGGCUGGUACCUCAGCACUCUGGCGAAUCCAAACCACCAGCAGCCUCAUCGUCUUCAAUGCUACCAGAGCUGCCUUGUAACCCGGGCCGAGUGUGCCGGGGAGUAGACAGGACAGCAAACGGGGGUCAGAAAAAGACUGGUUCUUUGGACUUGAGUGCGAACCUGCUGGAGGAGUUUUUGGAGCCAAAGGCAGAAAGACCCGUCAGUGGACGCAGAAGCUCCUUCAGAAGUCCUUCAGUAGUUGGAGUGCAGGCAGAAGAGCAGCAUCAGAGGGCUGCUGCCGGGACAAACACAGAGUCUGGUAUUUAUGCCUUAGAAGAUCCGAUGUCUCUGGUGAACCCGGACAGGAGACAGAGCAGCUCCCGGGCCCAGCUGCACAGCCAUCAGGAUGACACCCUCAGGGAGUCCUGGGAUUCUCUCAUAAAGUUUAACCAGUGUCAGCGAGGACGAAUCUCCAACAUGAGCUUUGAAGGUGACAUCCUCGAUGAAUUCCUUCAGUAUAAGAGACUGGAUACCCCCACAGUCCAGAAUAACCUUUCUACAGCUCCCAGAAGCCCGCUGACUUCCCUGACCUCUCAGGGUCUAACAUCUGAAGUGUCUGAAGAUGAUCCAUCUGUGGAGCGAGAAGACGAAUUUGAGAUCCCUGUGCUCCCACAAGGACAAAAGUUGGUUAUAAACAUUCUGUCCACAUGGGGAGAUCGCCAUUAUGUAGGUCUCAAUGGCAUUGAAGUGUUUAGCUCUUCUGGGAAGCCCCUUCGCCCUGUACAUAUCCACGCUAACCCCCCAGACAUCAACAUUCUGCCCGCGUACGGCAAGGAUCCACGGGUGGUCACCAACUUAAUCGACGGUGUUAAUCGCACCCAGGACGACAUGCACCUUUGGUUAGCGCCCUUUACCCCUGGUCGCAAUCACAGCAUCUUCAUGGACUUUGGAGGCGUGUGUCAGAUUGCUAUGAUUCGUAUCUGGAACUACAACAAGUCCCGCAUUCACUCAUUCCGCGGUGUGAGAGAAGUGGAGAUGCUGCUAGAUGGAAGAUGCAUCUUCAGAGAAGAAAUCGCCAAGGCAUCCGGAACGCUCUGCGGAGAAUUGGAUCAGUUUGGAGACACCAUCCUGUUCACCACUGAUGAUGAGAUCUUGGAAGCCAUGUCUCGUUAUGAUGAAACCUUCCUCGGUGAAUUUGAGGGUCAUCAGAGUUUGGCAUCUGAGGAGGAGCUGCAGAGGCCGCGCACCGCUGAUGGCGAAGGAGAAGAGAGGCCGUUCACACAGGCUGGCUUCAGAGAGGAAGACCUCUGUUUAAAACAUCCACUGAAGUUACCCUUAAGCAAUUAUGAGGAGAACGUGGAGCAUAUUCCUGGGAUGUACACUGGAAAGUGCCUUAGAGUAGAGUUGGUGAUGACAUGGGGAGACUCCCAUUAUGUGGGCCUCACAGGCCUGGAAAUAGUGGGGAAAAGUGGUGACAGUUUACCUUUAGAUCUUGGCAUGAUGGCUGCCUCCCCGAGGGACCUCAACGACCUAGAGGAGUAUGAAAAUGACCUGCGAACCCUUGAUAAGCUAAUUGACGGCCACAACGUCACCACAGACGACGAGCACAUGUGGCUGAUUCCUUUCUCCUAUGGAGAGCCCCACAUUUUGAGCAUCACCUUCACCAAACCCCAGGUUAUAGCUGGCCUCCGGAUCUGGAACUACAACAAGUCUCCUGAGGAUUCAUACAGAGGGGUGAAAGUCGUCCAUUUGUUUUUGGACGAUGUUGCGAUCUCUCCCGUGGAAGGAUUCCUCAUCAGGAAAGGACCCGGCAACUGUCACUUUGAUUUUGCCCAGGAGAUCCUCUUUAUCAACUUCCUUCAGACGCCAACAGAUAAUAAGAAGAACAAAGAAUCUCACAGAGUAAGUUCCAAGAAGCAGGAACUGGCCAGCAUGGAUUAUGAAGCUCCCAUCAUGCCUUGUGGAUUCAUAUUUCAGCUGCAGCUUUUAACCACCUGGGGAGAUCCCUACUACAUUGGUCUGAACGGCCUGGAGUUUUAUGACCAGAACCACGAGAAGAUCAACCUCUCUGAAAACAACAUCGCAGCAUUUCCAGACAGUGUGAAUGUGUUGGACAACAUCAGCGGUGAUGUAAGGACUCCUGAAAAAUUAAUAGAUGGAGUCAACAACACACACGACGGCAGACAUAUGUGGUUAGCGCCCGUGUUGCCAGGAUUGGUGAACCGUGUCUACAUUAUCUUCGAUCAGCCCGUAACCGUUUCCAUGAUCAAGCUGUGGAACUAUUCAAAGACACCUCAGAGAGGAGUUAAAGAGUUUGGGCUACUAGUGGACGACCUCUUGGUCUAUAAUGGCAUCUUGGAAUGCGUAAGCCCCCGAGCACAGGGAAUCCUGCCCACCUGUGAUCCAGUGGUCCCGUACCACACCAUCUUAUUCACAGACGAUACUUACAUCGCUCAUCGCGAGAGAAACACGGUCAUCAGCCUUCGUGGCAGCAGACACCACCGACAUAAUCACGUGGAGGACCAGGACGUGAAGAUGACCAACGAGAAUCAGAUUGUUCAUCACAGCAAGAAAAAGCAAACGGCAGAUCCAGCUCUCCGGCCUAAAACCUGCAUGACCGAUGGUGGAAAACAUGGAAAGAGGAGGUACUAACUGACGAGUCAACACAGAAAAAGGCAGAAUUACUUUAAAAAGCGGGGCCUUUGGCAGUGAAACAACCAGCAGCCACCUUACCAGGUCUCAUAAUGGCAACAUAAGUGGACGGAGCAUGGACACUCACAGGGACUCCACUUUAUUUUUGGAUUUCUUCUAUCUUUUGCUUUCAAAAGACUCACAGGUUUUACCCUGACCACGUACUGUAUCAUACCUGUUAUCCCCUUCCCACAGUGCCAGGAGAACACAAGAUGCUGUGUUUUACCAGCCCUUUAAUUGUGCCUAAACUCAACACUACAUGUGGCUGCUUUGUGUGAAUCUUAUUCUGCUACACUAAUGCUGCUUCUGACAUAAUGCUCAAAGAUCUGAUAAAUAUAUUCACGUCAGGAUGUUGGUAAUUGUGUUUUGUAUCCACCUAAGAGCUGAGCGCAUCCUCAUAUAUUCUAAAUAAUAAAAAGCCAGAUGUAAAGCUAUGCAGCCACCCAUUUCUAUCCAUAAAUGAUUUCAAAAUCGAGAUGUUGGAAACUUACAUUUAUACAAAUAAUUAUGAUAAAUAAUAGGUACAUCAUUUAGUGCGUUCAACUUAUAAGAAAAACUAAAGUUAUGCAAACAUUUGUCCGAUUGAGACCAUAGUUGACCAAAAAAAUUAGAAAAAUUAGAAAUUACACAUUUUUUCUAAGUAAAAAAGUACUGCAAUCCUUUAUCAAAGAUGCGGUUUUGUGGAUUUUUGGAGGCAAACAUAGAUGCAGAGCUUUACAAUGAUUUAAAAAAAAAAGUAUAUGAAAUGGAUAGCAAGCAGCAUCUGUUAUGCAAAUACUGUUCGAUUACCUCAAGAUGAAAAGUAUGCCGUUUAAAAGGGAAAUAUAUAUUCCACUUAGUGCUUAGAUCGUAUUGUACCUUUCUUUAGUCAAUAUUUAAAGACGUUGCAUGGAAGUGUCCUCAAUAAUAGUUCAGUUUGAAGAAGUUUGUACUGUUUGUUAAACCCCAGUACCAACGACUUUUGCACUCUGUACUCCUGAGAGUAACUGUACAUGAAAUGCAGUUGUAUGUAUUUAAUUUCAGAACAGCAGCGAUGCCCAUUACUGUGUAUGUCAGUUCUGCUGUUUGGAACAGUUGAUUUUGAUUUGAAUAUUUAUUUUUCUAAUCUUAUAAGUGUAUUUGAUGUUAGUUUAUUGAAAUGAAUAAACUUUGAAAAUUA